AUGGCUGGCGGUGGCCGCGGGGAUGCGCGGGGUGGCGCAAGGUCGAUGGCGACCUCGCCAAGCAUCUCGAUGGCGAUGAUCUUCGCCGCGCUGUGCGGCUGUGCCCAAGGCGCGGGAAAUGGAGCAUGCUACGCCCCUGAAACCGCAGGUAUCGCCCCGCUGACUGUGACGUUUGAGAUCACUAAGGAAUGCUGCCCAAACCAAUUUGACUUUGUUGUCAACAUCCACGAUCCUUACACACGGAAGCACAUGUGCACGGGGGCCCUGGUAGCCCCACAAGUGGUCGCCACCACGGCGACUUGCUUGGAUCAGUUCAAGUACGAUGAUGUCAAAAUCCGGGAAUUUCCAGAUGUGAAGAUUGGUGGCACCGAACCCAAUGAUGCCAGACAGGGGAAGGUGGUGAAGACCUGCCAGAAAAUUGUUCAUGAAAAUUUCGACCCAAAGGGAUCGGGGGGUCCUGACUUGGCGCUCGUGAUAAUGGAUGAAAAGGCCGUUCAAGACCCGAUUACGAAAAUGGUGCCACUGGCGGAAUGCCCCAAUAACAACAUCAGCUUCGUCGGGUGGUUCCAUCCCGCGGAGCCGCUGCGCGGUGUCCCGACGCUAAUUGCUGUGCCCAACGAAAAUUGCGAGGGCCUCAUCGGCGACAUCCACGAAGGGUCCGUCUGCGCCAGGACGGACCCCAGCCAAGAACCUGUGUACGACGAGGGUGGGCUGUUGCUCUGUGACGGCAAGGAUCUCGUCGGAUUGGCAUCGCGGACGAAAUUGGGGCCAAAGCUCUAUCCUAUCGCCUUCACCGAGGUCGCUCGCUACAAAGAGUGGAUUGACAGCCUUGGGAACCAGCAUUCCACUGUUCGCAAUAACAAAGCAUGUGAGAAGGAGUUGUGA